GGGGCACUUCAGCUGUACUUAGAUCCAUUUCUUUUUUAUUCUACAGCUAGCUUGAGCUUCAUCAUCUUUAUUGUAUUUACGUAUAAUUCACGGACUUAUUGUAUUUGUUGAUCAUCUACAUUCAACUCAUAAUACUCUUUCUUUUAACUAUAAAUAUAAUUGGAAUAUACGCGCACUUUCCAUACCAUAUCAACCUUUGCCUAUACGCGACACAUUCAUCAACCAUGCAGCUUGUCGGAUCUAAGGCGUCGCAGCGCCUAGACGAAAUGGGUGAAGGAAGCGUCACUUUGCUUCCCAUCGAGCCAGAAGACAUGUGGCACGCAAAUAAUUUAAUAGGGCCCGAAGAUAUCGUCAAGGCACAUGCCAUCCGCAAAGUGGUGACGGAAUCGAAAACCGGCAGCACCAUGUCCGAACGGGUACAUACCGAUCUUACAAUACGCGUAACUUCUACCUUCUUUGACCCCGGCGCGUCGCAAUUACAUGUCUCGGGCACCGUCAUCGUUGAGAAUAGCAUUGUCAGCCUCGGUCAAUACCACACCCUCGAUCUUGAACUAAACCGGCCUUUCACACUAUGGAAAAAGUACGGGUGGGACUCAGUUGCGAAAGAGACGCUCUCGGAUGCGCUGAAGCAAGACAAAGAGGGUGCCGUAGCUGCCGUUGUGAUGCAGGAAGGUAUCGCAAAUAUUUGCCUUAUUACCGAGUACCGUACCAUACUCAAGCAAAGAGUGGAGAGCACAAUACCUAAAAAGCGAUCGAGUAGUUCCGAACAAGACUCGGGCAUGAAGCGCUUUUUCGAGAAGACUUUAAGUACAUUGGUCCGCAGUAUAGACUUUUCCAUACCCCGGCCACUGUUACUAGCCAGCCCCGGAUUUGUCGCUGGUGAUUUCAAGAAAUACAUAUCGGAGGAGGGGAGUCGAAGAACCGACAAGACGCUGAUAGCCAUGGCCAAGGAGGCGACGGUGGUACAUUCGAGCUCGGGGCACUUACACAGCCUUAACGAGAUUCUCAAGAGCACCGAAGUCACGGCUACUAUGAAGGAUAUGAAGUUUUCCAAGGAAACAAGAUUCAUGGAUGACUUCUUCGAUAAAUUACGAAAAGAUGACGGCCGUGCAUGGUACGGCACGGCGCCUGUUGAGAAGGCGAUUCGAGAGGGUGCUGUUGGAAGAGGAGGGGGCGUAUUAUUAAUCAACAAUUCGCUAUUCCGAAGUCAAGACAUAGCGACUAGGAGAAGAUAUGUCGCCAUGGUCGAUAAAGUUAAAGAAGAUGGGGGAGAAGCGAGGAUACUAAGUAGCGAUCAUGAGAGCGGGCAGCGACUAGAUGCUUUAGGCGGCAUAGCUGCUAUACUGACAUACCCUAUACUGGAUCUAGACGAGGAUGAAGAUGAAGGGGAUGCAGAUGGGCAAGCUGAUACCGAAGAGAAUAUGGUAAUAUAAUUUCUAAUACCUACGGCUUCAGUUAUUGUUUUUGCAACUUUGCGAUUUAUGAUUUGUUAUCGUGAUGAUCGCCUGAACAACACCCCACUGGUGGUAUACCCAACUUGAACCCACUUAGGUAUCGAUAGAUAUCAAUGAUAUAGUAUUAGCCCCAGUUACAUGCACGUAAUAAAGUG